AUGGCGGCCUUCGUCAAUCUGGAUGAUUCCCCCAUGUUUCAGAAGGAGAUAUCAUCUCUAGGGAAUAUGGCCGGCGAAUUGAAAGAUCGUUGCCAAAGACUUUAUAAAGGUUCUGAGAGAUUUAUGACAGCUCUUGGAGAAGCAUGCAGUGCAGACACUGUGCUAGCUGAUUCUUUAGAAGCAUUUGGUGGAGGACAAGAUGAUCCAAUCAGUGUAUCCAUUGGAGGCCCUGUCAUGUCCAAGUUUAUCAAUUCAUUUCGUGAGCUAGCUUCCUAUAAAGAGCUUCUUCGUUCCCAAGUAGAGCAUGUCUUAGUAGAUCGUUUGACACACUUUAUGGAUGUGGAUCUGCAAGAUGCUAUGGAGUCUCGAAAGCGAUUGGACAAAGCAGUUCAUACUUAUGAUCAGUCGCGAGAUAAAUAUGUAUCUUUGAAGAAAAAUGCCCGUGGAGACAUAGUUGAAGAACUGGAAGAGAAUCUGCAGAACUCGAAGUCAGUAUAUGACAGAAGCCGCUUUAAUCUAGUUAGUUCCCUCAUGAAUAUUGAAGCUAAGAAGAAGUUUGAAUUCCUGGAAUCAAUGAGUGCAGUAAUGGAUGCUCAUUUGAGAUACUUUAAGCUGGGGUAUGAGUUGUUCCGGCAGAUAGAGCCAUUAAUUCAUCAGGUGCUAACAUAUGCUCAACAAUCAAAAGAACAUGCUCUUAUUGAGCAAGAUAAACUUGCCAAAAGGAUUCAGGAAUUUAGAACCCAAUCUGAGUUGGACAGCAUACAAGCUUCCAGUAGGUUAGAACCUUCAACAAGUGGUGACAGCUUUGCUGCUCUUGGUGUAAGCCCCUACAAAAAUAUAGAAGGAAUCAUUCAGUGUGGCUCAAAUGGAGAGGUUCAUAUCCUCAAACAGGGAUAUCUACUGAAACAUUCCUCUACUUCUAGGGGAGACUGGAAGAGACGGUUCUUUGUACUCGACAGUCAAGGCAGUUUGUAUUACUACAGAAACAAGAGUAUCAAUGCUGUCCAACAUCGUUCAACUUCCUCAGCUGAUUAUAAUGCUGGGGUGUUUGCUAGAUUUCGUGCAAGGCACCAUAGGUCUGCAUCAUUUGGCGAAGGAGGUCUAGACUGCUGCAGUGUUGAUCUUAACACUUCAACACUAAAGAUGGACUCGGACAACACAGAUUUGCGACUUUGCUUCAGAAUAAUAUCUCCACUGAAAACUUAUACAUUGCAGGCUGAAAAUGCAGCAGAUAGAAUGGAUUGGGUAAACAAAAUUAGUGGAGCAAUUGCUUCCCUUCUGAAUUAUCAACUCUCACAACAGUCACAUCCAGGGAUAAAAACUCGGGAAACUAAAGAAUAUCUUGCUCGUAAUAGUCAAGAACUAGAAAAUUAUCAAAAUUCUGAAGACGACACAGUUUCUAGAAUCCUUAGAGAAAUUCCAGGAAAUGAGCUUUGUGCAGAGUGCAGUGCUCAUGAUCCUGAUUGGGCAUCUCUCAACCUUGGCAUAUUGUUGUGCAUUGAGUGCUCGGGUGUUCACCGAAACCUUGGUGUUCAUAUUUCAAAGGUGAGGUCGUUAACCUUUGAUGUCAAGGUUUGGGAACCUACAGUUUUAGACUUAUUCCGGGCAUUGGGAAAUGCGUAUAGUAACUCUUUGUGGGAGGGAAUGCUGCUUCUAGAGAAUAAGAGAAUAAGAGAAUUCAAUGUCACCAUACCAGUUACAAAGCCAGGACCCAGAGAUGCCAUUUACUCCAAGGAGAAAUAUAUCCAUGCCAAGUAUGUUGAGAAGGCUCUGGUAGUCAGAGAAGCAACUGAAUCCGGCUACAGUACAACUAUCUGGCGAGCUGUGAAGACAAACAAUUUGCGGGAAGUAUACCGCUGUAUUGUGUUCUCGGACAUGAAUAUUGUGAACACCAUCUUUGAUGACGUUACAACCGUUGAUCUAUAUCACCAGAAGAAUGAUCUGCAGCAGGAUCAUGAAUGUGAUUCCCCAGUAGUUGUAGACUUAAAAGUUUAUGAUCCGUCAUUGUGUCAGAGAAUCCAGGAUGCCAAUGAGCCGAGGAAUUGUUUUCAAGGUUGUUCAUUAUUACAUAUGGCUUGUUACUAUGGCAACCGAGUUAUGCUCGAAUUGUUGCUGCAAUUCGGUGCCGAUAUCAACUGGAGGGACUACCAUGGGAGGACUCCUCUGCACCACUGCGUUGCCAGAGGGGAUUAUUCAUUAGCUAAAUUCCUACUUAGAAGGGGCGCAUCUCCAGCGGUGAGAGACUGCGGGGGUCUAAAUGUGCUGGAAAGAGCCAUGGAAAUAGGAUCAAUAACCGAUGAGGAGCUAUUUAUCUUGCUAGCUGGAAGCUAG